AUGUUUUGUUUUUGUCGCUUUUUAUUUAAAGGAUGUUUUAAUAAUGAUGAUAACGAUGAUGAGUAUGAUGCCUCAGAACACACUCAUAGAAGACAUAUUCCAGGUUCUUUCGGUGAAGGUUUUUUUUGGAGAACACAAAAUCCAUUUAAUAUUGGAGGAAGAAUAGGACCAAGAGUAUCACAUUUACGUGCAAAUCUUUACCCAACACCAGAUCUUUUACCACCGAAAUAUGAGGAUGCCAUUAAAAUACCAACUUCUGAACCACCACCAGUAUAUUCAGAGAAUGGAUCAUCAGAAGUUACAUUACAACCACCAUCAUAUGAAAAUUCAAUAACACCAUUUCCACCACAAAUACCAACGGGUAGUAAUAAUAAUGUUAGAAGAGAACUUCGUAUACCAGAAGUAUCUGUAACAACUUCUUCUCAACCAUUUCCUUCACAAUUUCAAAUAAUUUAUAACAAUAAUACUUUAAAUAGACAAUUAGAUAAUAAUAGUGAACGGGUAAGAUGUAACUCAAUACCAGGAACAUACAAUACAGGUACUGGUGGUACUGUUAUGUACUUGCAAUAUUCUGGAAUUGAUAAUGAUGAAUUACCAGGUUCUGUAAAUAAUGAUUUAGAAAGAAAUAAAAUACUAAAUAAUGAAGGAGAAAGAAUAAUAACAAGAGUUAACAUUGAAACUCUAUCACCUAAAUUAAUAAAACAAAAAUCUAAUUCAACAGAUUCAAUAAAUGAAAGAAAAAAUCAAAGUGCUUGGAAAGUACGUUUACCAAACUCUGCAAGGUACCCUAGAAAUAGUAGUAGUAAAAUUAAAAAUACACAAAAUAAUCAACCUGAACAAUUAAAUAUUUUAACAAUUUCUACUUUAAAUUAA